CGCGUCUCAUUCAGGUUCAUUUGGUUGUUUUGCCGCCAUCUAGCGGCAACGUUGACUACUACAUACUACGGCAGACAGCAAUGGCGGCCCCCAUGGAGACAACAGCCGGCAUGAGCAACAUGCUGAAAUUCAUGAAUCUUAUCGGACAACUCAAAAGAGUUCCGCGGACCGGCUGGGUGUACAGGGACGUGAAGAAACCAGAGAGUGUGUCAGACCACAUGUACCGCAUGGCCAUGAUGUCUCUGACCAUCACUGACCCCGCGGUGGACAAGGACAGGUGUAUAAAGCUGGCUUUGGUGCACGACAUGGCGGAGUGUAUUGUGGGAGAUAUCGCACCACCAGACAACAUCAGUAAAGCAGAGAAACACAGGAGAGAAGAGGAAGCGAUGAGACAUCUAACAGCUCUUCUGCCGGAGGGCCUCAAACAGGAGAUUUAUGCGCUGUGGGAGGAAUACGAAAGUCAGAGCAGUGCAGAGGCCAGGCUGGUAAAGCAGUUUGACCUGCUGGAGAUGAUCCUGCAGGCUCACGAGUACGAAGAGUUGGAAGGAACGCCCGGGAGGCUUCAGGAGUUCUUUGACUCCACCGACGGUCGUUUCGACCACCCGGACGUGCUCCGACUCGUCAGCUCUCUGAAUAAAGAGAGAGGCCGUCACAUGGCCACAACUGAUGGCACAAGGAGUCCUGGGGACUUGCAGACCGCCGAUGUAGUAUCUGCACAGACACACACUUCACACACACCCUGACUGUAACACACAAACACAAGAUCCUCCUUAUUGGAGGGACAGAGACACUGGACUCAGAACAUGCGUACAAGCAUACACAACUGAGUCACAUGACCAGACACUGUACAUAAUCGCAAGUGGGAAACUGAAUUUGAAGAAUUUCAAUUGUCAUCUACAGUUUAUCCUUCUCUUUUACGUCUGUGUGUCUGUCGAGUGACUUUUGAUGUUGAGUUCACUGCUGCAGAGUAAAAUCUAUGCUGUCAUGGAAAGUACAGUAUCAUAAUCAGCAGGUUCAGUCACAGUUCUGUGUUUUUUUUAUUAAAACUGUCACACUUGA